UUGUUUUGAUUUCGAUAAUUUUUAUGUUCUGAGGCGUAUUUAUUUACAACUGUAUUGAAUGUGGACAUUUAUAAACAGAAAGGGUUUAAGCAUUGAUUGAAAAACAGCGACUAUGGCGCCCGUGAAAUUCGGAUUGUUCAAGGCCCGCAGCAAAGAUCAUCAGGAGCAACCAUCUACUGAGAAUCUGUUACAAGACAACAACAGCAAUUACAAUGUUCCGGGGUCGCCAGUGCCAUCAACAAGCAAAGGUCUACAAGAGGAUCUCUCGCCUGGGAGCAUUUCCAUGCUCACCCUAGACAGCGAUGAUGAUGAUGAUGAUCUUCCCAGUGAGAGAAACUCCCCAGUUAGACGCGGCAGCGACGCUUGUAGGAUGGAUGCACAGAUAAAUUACGAGCUGUUAAAAAGCCAGACAUCUAUUGGCGAUGUUAGCAGCCAUUUUAAUGAAUAUGACGAAGUGGAACAGUACGAGAUGGAGGAAUUACAACAGAGUAUAGACCUGGACCCAGAUGGCACGUCCUGUGAUGCUAAUUCUUCAGAAUUUGACAUAACUUCGAUUACAGCAAGCGACCUCUCCAUAUACUGCGCCUCGCUUAAGAAACCAAAGAAGAGUAAGUCGAAGGAAGAACAACAAAUGAGAGACUUCGGUAUGUGGCAGGCGAGCAAUAUUGAAGUUAUGCAGAACCUUCUCAGUAGGAGUGGUACAACGGACGAGCAAAUUAAAUGGGAGGCGAUCGCGACCGCACGUGGUCUUUGUACACUCACCGACACCUGCACUUGCAGCGACUGUACCCCUGCCAAGUACCUCGUGGGAUUUAACGACGGUGACGCAGGGAUGGCCGCCACACCACUCUUCAGCGCUAUCAGUGUCGGAUGUACUCUACAGUGAGCCGGCGAGAUU